CAUCUAUUAUAAAAGCGUUUAACAUCAUUGGAAGUAUUCUUAGCGUUAAUUCAAUCGUAUCGGACGCUUCGUUCCAAUAUGAAAUACUUAGUAAUUUGUGUUAUUGUUAUUUGUGCACAAAACGUUGCGGGAAGAAGCAUAACUAACACAACGGAUGUUCACAAUGAAGAACAUGAAAACAAUAAUGAAACAAAAAUGUGCCACUACAGUGACCCGGAUAUCGCAAACUGUAUAAAGCGUAUGGCGGAACAAGCACGGAAAGUGCUGGCCCACGGCAUCCCCUCUCUUAACAUACAGCCUCUCGAACCUCUGAAGAUACCCAACAUAAGACUAAGACAGCACAAUGCUCCCAAAUCUGGCUUCAAGUAUGAUGCGUGGUUCUCCGAUGUCGAACUCAGGGGACUUACGAAUUACACAUUCAAUAAAUUGGACGUUUACCCACAAGAUUUGAAAGUUAAUACGAACAUAAGUCUGCCGCAUCUCGCCAUGACCGGGGAAUACGUCGUCAUCGGACAGUUCCAGAUGCUGCCUGUGGAAUCCACGGGAAAAAUGGCCGCUAACUUUACUCUGUGUACGGCGGCGUUAGAAGCGGUCGGUGCGAAGGUCCACAAAAGAAUAGUAGUCCGCGACGCCAAUGUCAAGCUGAAGUGUGCAGGACAUCUGAGUGCUGACCUCAUGGAGGCUCACUCGACCACACAUGAAAUGGAAAUGAUAACCAGUCAUCUAAUAGGAAUGCAUUCUUCAGAGAUAGCAAAAGAAGUGCAGCCCGCUGUGGAAACAGCUCUCGCGAUGGUCCUAGAAGACAUCGCAAACAAAUUCCUCAAACGAAUCCCAUCUAAUAUGGUUUUCCCAAAUUAGAUUAUUAUCUAACUCAUGUAUCUAAUUUGACUAUAAUGUAAUUUAUUAGUUCAUUUUGUUGU